UGUGAUUAGUUGAUGUCAAAGUAAAACUCCAUUGUCUUUUGUAACCUCUUUUAAAACUGUGGUUAAUUUUUUAAGAAAUAUGUUGUGGCAUGUUUUAUUCCAAUAUAUUCAAUAUAACAUACUCCAAAUUAUAUACGGACUUUAAAACUCGCUCUAAAACGUAGAAUAAAUUUUAAUAUCUUACAAUGAACAAUGCAUAUGGAAACAAUACAAUUCAAGACCUAUGUGAAGAUACAAGUACGAGCAACUUAGAAGCCAAUAAUCUAUACAUGGAUCAUGCCCAAUGUAUUGCAUAUCAAGAUAUAACAGUCACUCUGACUUCAAAACUCACACCCACUGCCCCUGAAUUUAUUCCUAGAAAUGCCGUUCCAUUUUGUAUAGUUCCUGCACAGAGUAAUAAUAUUUCUGGGGCUGAAUGCCAAGAUCACUCAGCAUCGCUCUCACAAAAUGACCAACUUUCGCGAAGUUGGUGGAAACAAUAUAAGCCAUCCCUUGAUACAAAUUUCAUAAAAUAUUCUGAACCAUAUAGAAAAUGGAAAUUAUUAAACAAAGAAAAAAAAAUUAUGAUAGAUUAUAAACAUUCCAAUCAGGGCAUUAUUAACAGUUCACCAGAUGAAAAUAUGGCAGAGUUAAACAUGGUAUCACAAAAACUUGAUAAUGCAAAGAAUUAUAAUUACAAGAGAAAAUGUAACUCAGGAAAUUUUUUAUCAAGAAAUAUGGUAGACUCAGAAAGUUCACACAAUUCUAGAUGGAAUCCAAAUAGAUACUCGAUUAAAGAAGUUCAUACCAAAAAAAAUACAAAUUCGUCUGAUUUAAAAAAUAAUUGGAAAGAAAAAAAUAAUCAAUUUAAAAGUCUUGGAAAAUCAUAUAAUGCGAAAAAAAUGAACACUGAAUAUUCUAAUUUGAAUACUGCAAUGAUAACCCAGCGAGAAAGCUUAAAGUUUUCAUUAGAUAAAGGUACCUUGGAAUGUCUUGUGUGCUGUGAAUAUAUUAAAACAUCUCACUCUGUUUGGUCUUGCUUAGGCUGUUUUCAUGUUUUACAUUUAAAUUGCAUAAAAAAAUGGGCUCAGACAAGUAAAGCAGACAAUCAGAAGACAAAGUUUCUAUUAGCCUAUGUGAUAAAUUAUAUUUGGCGUUUAGAGGUCUCCUCCAUUGAAGAGAUCCUCUGCUAG